AUGGACAAAUUCUUCCCUACUUCGACGGAAGGUUUUAUAAUAAUUAAUUUUGACAGUCUGAUUGAAACUAUCGCCCACGAAAUAGCCCAUGCUGUCCAAAGUGUCAAAAAUGUUGAUAAUUUCACUGUCGACCCUGAGGCACCAGACGUAAAUGGUAAACCAUCACAUAUAAGAAGCCAAUGUGAAAGUAGCGGACUAGGACCAAGAGAUGAAAAAGAUCCUUCUAAAUUAAUUAAGCCUAAAUAUCCUCAAUUAGUAGCCGAACAUACUAAACUCACUGAAGAAUUUAAACAAAUGAUUAUUAAUUCCCCGGAAUACAAAGAAUUUGAAACUUGA